ACUUUACAACAAUUUCACCAGAGAUAUGUCAAACAUAAAUUAACGAUACGUGAAAGCAGAAAAAAUAAAUGACCCUUACUGUGAACGACAGAGAUUUACUUUCAACAACUCAGGACCUUCGCGAGUGAGUGCAUACUCUAGCUUGCCGCAAUUGUAAAGUUUUCAUUCUGCACAUAAUGGUUUGUGACAAGUGUGAGAAAAAACUUGGUCGAGUGAUAACUCCAGAUCCAUGGAAAUCAGGGGCUAGAAACACAGUUGAAAGCGGAGGUCGUAAAGUCGGUGAAAACAAGGCGUUGUCUAACAACAAGGCACGUUUCAAUCCUUAUACAGCUAAAUUUGAGACAUGCAAGAUCUGCCGACAGAAGGUUCAUCAGGUUGGUUCUCAUUACUGCCAAUCCUGUGCCUACAAAAAAGCCAUCUGUGCAAUGUGCGGUAAGAAACUCAUGAGUACAAAGAAUUACAAACAGUCGGCCACUUAGAAGACAAUCUUGUGAGUAUUUUGGAAUUAGUUUUUUAAACAUAGAGUGGACAAAGACUAGAUAAAGAAGAUGCUGUAGAAAUCUUCUUGGUAAAUAAUAUCUCCUACAAAAGUUAUGACGACGAUAAAAAUAAUGGGUGGCUGCAUUAGGUACACAAUGAGAUUUGUUUAUUUUGUGAUACAAACUUUUGUUACAUACUAAGCAAUGAUAAUCAUGAUACAUAUACAUACAUAUACAUAUAUAUGUGUAUAUAUAUAUAUAUAGAAAAUAAGACAUUAAUUGAAUCAAGUUUAUUAUACAGCCUUACGUGAUAUAAUAUCUUAAGCAUUCAGCAUUGUAUCAUGAUCGCUAUAACAAUUGUUUGUUAAAUUUGAUUUGCAUGGAAAAAUUUUAUAAUAAAUGAUAGUAAUAAUAAUAAAAAGAAUGGUAAUAACUUCGUAAAUUAUUUUCUUGGAUCAGGAUGCGUUUUGUAGAAAAACAAAUUCCGUGGCACCAUUGCAUUUGUUCAAUAAAAUAUGAUAAAGUUAAUCAUUAAAGAAUAAAGUAUCUGCUAAUUAAAUAUAAGAAAUAAAAUGUACAACAUGUGUUAUUGCUUUUGAAUAAAAAUCAAAUCUGUAAAUGA